GACUUUUUUUUUUUGCCUCCACGCGUAGGUAGCCCCCGUGUCGACGCAUGCACACCACGAGACGCAAUUCCUACCCAGCGCCCUCCAGGCAUCGAUCAAUUCUAGCCAACUCGUCUGUCCGGUCUUCACUGGUCUUGUUUCAUCUGAUCUUGGCACCCCGCCCGCAGGCACCUACAAAACCUACCCGAGCAUCAACAUGUCGCUCUGCAAAGCCUGCGAGGAGCCGCUUGUGCUAUCCCUGGAUCCAGAUGAAAAGGCCGACGUCCCUGGGACCGAGACUAUCCCCGAUGACCUUGGGCUUUCAUGUGGCUGUCAUUUUCACAGGCAGUGUUUGUUGGACCAGUCCUCUGAAAUAGUCCUCUCCCUCAAGUGUCCUAGUUGCGCCACUUACUUGCCCGUUAAUGAAGCCGGGCCCUCUGCUACGAACCCAUUCAUGCCCACCCCAGCUGGAACCUCGAUCCUUGCAAAAUACAUCAACGAGGGCGGCGUCCAAGAUAACCUCGAUAUCCUGCCAUCCAUCACCGAAGAGGCCUAUCUUGAGACUCACCCUGAGACACGUCCCGCGCGCGCCCUCCACCUCAUGUGCACCGGGGGCGAUGUCAGCGGUAUUGUUGAACUGCUACGCGAUGCGAGCGACGAAGUCGACGACAUGGGAGCUCUCAUCCGGUACCAGGACCCCCUCGACGAUAUGAAAAGCGGUCUCCAUCAUGCGAUUGAGCACAUGCAAGACGAGGUUGUUUGGUUGCUGCUCUGGCUGUCCUCCACAGUUUCGAAUGAAUCAUUCCCAGACUCGGCUCGGCUAGCUGCAGAGUCGUUCGGUAUUGGCCGUCUGCAAGUGACUACGGAUGGUGAUAUUCGCGGCCUUCAAGAUGCCGAAGGGCAGACGGCCGGCGCCCUUGCUCAGCAGCUCCAGGGACCAUGGACUGCUAUGCUCGAGGCCGGUCUCCUCUAGAUAUGAGGAGCGAAUAUUCAUGUAGACUUCAUGACCUUGACGAGCUCAGUUGAUAAAAGUAAUUCUUCCAUGCCAUCAUGUACACAGGUUAGGUUAAGCCAUGGCUCUUCCAAGCUGGAGCGAAAGUGGUGGCUGAGCGUGGUUCGCAUUUCGCUUUGCCUCAAACGGCCCCAUAAUUAAAUACCUACCCUUGGCUUGCUGUCGCUGGUGGCUGACCGCAUGCAUG